CCAAAACGCAAAGGCACUUCGUCCCUCCGACUGGUCCUUUUUUUUUGUUUCCAUCCCAACACCAUUCACCUUCACCUUGCCGUUCAACCUCCAAAGGAUCCCUUUAUCAGCGGGUCUUGAGGCUACGAAUUCUGGUUUUUUUCUUUCUCCAAAACCACUUCUUCCCGCUACAUCCUCUCCGUGGAUUAGCAUCACCGUCCGCGAUACCCAAAUACCACAUUUAUUCUACUGAUUCUCAACACAAACGUCAAGAUGGCUCCCGAACCCAAUCCCGACCACGUCGAGCAGAAGAAGAAGGUCAACUUGAUGGACGCUUCUGGUGCCGAGCACAAGGCCGAAGAUGAUACCGCCACUGCUAUUCUCAAGAAGAAGAAGAAGCCCAACCAGUUGAUGGUUACUGACGCCGUCAACGAUGAUAACUCGAUUAUCGCCCUCUCCAACAACACCAUGGAGCAGCUCCAGCUCUUCCGUGGUGAUACCGUUCUCGUCCGUGGAAAGAAGAGAAAGGACACCGUCUUGAUUGUCCUUGCCGAUGACGAUCUUGAUGAUGGCAGCGCACGCCUCAACCGUGUCGUUCGCCACAACCUCCGUGUCAAGCACGGCGACAUCAUCACCAUUCACCCUUGUCCCGAUAUCAAAUAUGCCAAGCGUAUAGCCGUCCUUCCGAUCGCCGAUACCGUUGAGGGCAUCACCGGAUCCCUCUUCGACGUCUUCCUUGCUCCCUACUUCCGCGAGGCCUACCGCCCUGUCAGGCAAGGCGAUCUCUUUAUUGUCCGCGGUGGUAUGAGGCAAGUCGAGUUCAAGGUCGUCGAGGUGGACCCACCAGAGUAUGGUAUUGUCGCUCAGGAUACCGUCAUCCACUGCGAGGGCGAGCCCAUCCAGCGUGACGAGGAGGAGAACAACCUCAACGAGGUUGGUUACGAUGAUAUUGGUGGCUGCCGUAAGCAGAUGGCUCAGAUCCGCGAAAUGGUUGAGCUGCCCCUCAGGCAUCCUCAGCUUUUCAAGUCCAUUGGUAUCAAGCCACCCCGUGGUGUCCUGCUUUAUGGCCCUCCUGGUACCGGUAAGACUUUGAUGGCUCGCGCUGUUGCCAACGAGACUGGUGCCUUUUUCUUCUUGAUCAACGGCCCUGAGAUCAUGUCCAAGAUGGCCGGUGAAUCCGAGUCGAAUCUGCGCAAGGCUUUCGAGGAGGCUGAGAAGAACUCGCCCGCUAUCAUCUUCAUUGAUGAGAUUGACUCGAUCGCCCCCAAGCGUGAGAAGACCAACGGCGAGGUUGAGCGCCGCGUUGUCUCCCAGCUUCUUACUCUCAUGGAUGGUAUGAAGGCCCGUUCCAACGUUGUUGUUAUGGCUGCCACCAACCGUCCCAACUCGAUCGAUCCCGCUCUCCGUCGUUUCGGCCGUUUCGAUCGUGAGGUCGAUAUCGGCAUCCCCGACCCUACCGGCCGUCUUGAGAUUCUCCAGAUCCACACCAAGAACAUGAAGCUUGCCGAUGACGUCGAUCUUGAGCAGAUUGCUGCUGAGACCCACGGUUACGUUGGUUCUGAUAUUGCUGCCCUCUGCUCCGAGGCUGCCAUGCAGCAGAUUCGUGAGAAGAUGGAUCUCAUCGAUCUGGACGAAGACACUAUCGACGCCGAGGUCCUUGACUCUCUUGGUGUUACCCAAGAGAACUUCCGCUUUGCUCUCGGUGUCUCCAACCCCUCGGCUCUUCGCGAGGUUGCCGUUGUCGAGGUUCCCAACGUCCGUUGGGAGGAUAUCGGUGGUCUCGAGACUGUCAAGCAGGAGCUCAGGGAGAGUGUCCAGUACCCCGUCGACCAUCCCGAAAAGUUCCUCAAGUUUGGCCUUUCGCCAUCUCGCGGUGUUCUUUUCUACGGUCCUCCUGGUACCGGUAAGACAAUGUUGGCCAAGGCUGUUGCCAACGAGUGCGCAGCCAACUUCAUUUCCGUCAAGGGUCCUGAACUGCUUUCUAUGUGGUUCGGUGAGUCUGAGAGCAACAUCCGUGAUAUCUUCGACAAGGCUCGCGCUGCUGCUCCUUGUGUCGUCUUCCUCGACGAGUUGGAUUCUAUUGCCAAGGCCCGUGGUGGCUCUGUUGGUGAUGCUGGUGGCGCUUCUGACCGUGUUGUUAACCAGCUUCUUACCGAAAUGGACGGCAUGACCUCCAAGAAGAAUGUUUUCGUUAUUGGUGCUACUAACCGUCCCGAGCAGCUCGACCCCGCACUCUGCCGUCCCGGCCGUCUCGACUCCCUCAUCUACGUUCCCCUUCCUGAUGAGGCGGGUCGUCUCGGUAUUCUCAAGGCUCAGCUCCGCAAGACCCCUGUCGCUGCCGAUGUUGACCUGAACUACAUCGCUUCCAAGACCCACGGCUUCUCUGGUGCCGAUCUUGGCUUCAUCACCCAGCGUGCUGUCAAGAUCGCCAUCAAGGAGUCUAUCACCGCCGAUAUUCAGCGCACUAAGGAGCGCGAGGCCGCUGGCGAGGAUGUCGAGAUGGAGGAUGAGGUUGAGGACCCCGUUCCUGAGCUCACCAAGCGCCACUUCGAGGAGGCCAUGUCGAUGGCUCGUCGCUCCGUCAGUGACGUCGAAAUCCGUCGCUAUGAGGCUUUCUCCCAGCAGAUGAAGAACGCUGGCCCGGGUGCCUUCUUCAAAUUCCCUGAGGGUGGUGUUGAGAGCAGCGGCAACGGCGGUGCUGGUAACUCGUUUGGUGAUGCUGGCAACGAUGAUGAUCUUUACAACUAGAGGAGGAGGGAUUCAAGACUCACAGUAUUAGAGCAGUCUUCAGCUAGCCUUGGGGCUCCACUUGUAUGUUAAUAUGCGCUCAAAGGAUAGGAGUUGACGAGGUAUUCCUUCAAAGUUGAUUGACAAUGUCUUUGCAUAGUCUCUUUUGCCUGGCCCAUCCAGGGUCGAUUUAGAGCAAUGGGGCACGAACGAUGUGACUUAUACAUUCCACGUAACAG